AUGCUGUGCGGCUUGCGGCCGGGUAGGAAAGCUGCAUUUGGACUUGGGCUCUUGGUGCUCUUGGUGCUCUUGGUGCUUGGUACCCUUGCAAUAUGGAGAGAGAGGUGCAACGACGGCAACACUUGCAAUUGGCAGCAGCCAAUCUCUACAGUUUUGUGGCCACAGUUGUCGACGAUGUUCCAUUACCAAGCGCUGAGCUACGAAGAGUUUUUGGAGCUGCAGUCGGGCCCUGGCUGGGCAGACUACUUCCGCACAAAGGAAUAUGCUAAAGGAAUAAACGCGAGCGGCAGCCAGCUGGAUGUUGCGAAAAGAAACUUUCGGCAUCGGAAUAGCACGAAUAGUGGAGUGCACGAUGAGAGCGCUUUGCGGUACAUGCCCCUACUGCUCAAGCUUCGCAACACGAGCCUCGAGGACCGGAUCGGCAAGUACCAUCAGAGGGAAUAUUGCGUGCCUGGCUACUAUUCCUACAAAAGCCGGUCUGCAGAGGUUUUGCAUCAAUCAAGCGGGGAGCCUGGAUGGCGCGUGUGCAGGAAGUCUUUCUUGACCAGCGUGGCUGAGGUCGCUGCGGGGCAGGAGCGGUACCUGGCGGAUUGGAUUGACUUUCACACUGCAAUGGGCGUGGACCAUUUCGUGAUCAUGAACCGGCACAACAGCUCCUCGUUGGAUGCAACUUUGGCGCCACAUGUUCAGGCUGGCAUUGUGGAGUUGGAGCGAUAUCCCUUUCCUGAAGGGUCGGCGUUUGCCAGGAUCGCGAAGCAAGAGUAUGACCUGUGGAAGAAAGCGGUGGUGUUGAGGAACAGCACUCCCAGCUUCUGGCUACUGUUUUCAGACAUCGACGAGUUUCUUGUGCCCCCCAGGUCAAAGAAGAAUCUUGUUGAGUUCUUGCUUCCCUAUACCCACUGGCGGCCCAACUCCGGAUGGUGGCGAAGCUUGAAGCAGAUCCAGUGCUUUCAGAAGAUGUAUGGAGCAGGAUCCUGGUACCAUCGACCGCCUGCAGGCAUGCCGCACAUCCAGGCCUACAAGGAACGCUCGGCUCUGCUGAACUUCAACGGCAAGAGCAUCGCCCUGGCGGAUGCGGUCGACGCUGAGAGUCAUAUGAUUAACUUCCCGCAUCGCUGGCCUUUGAAGGCCGAGUUCUUGAGGGACACAGCCGUGUGGUUGCUGGACAUGGGCGUCUACACCAUCUGGUUUGAUCUCUUGAGCAACAUCCACGCCUGGGGCAUGAACUGGCACCCGGAACCUGGGGACGAGCCUGCAGGACUUCAAGACUGGAAGUACGCCUCGUUCAUGGUUGGCUUCUCCUUGGUGGGCUUCCUACUUUCGCGGGUCUGGCACAGAUCUUGCAGAGAUCGAUAG